GGAGAGUGUGGUCUAAACUCUGCUGUGGCCCAAGAUGGAUUGUUCUCCUUUCUCCUCUCCUCCUCCUCUUCCUCAUGAUCUUCGUGAUGGCGGUCACUUUGCCCCUGCCUGUGCCGCCUGCUGACGUUGACCGGCAGCCGUCCAGAAUUCUGAGUGCCGCGGGGAAGUUGAAACCCAGGGUAGUGGAGCCUGCAGCGCUCAGCGGCUUCCAGCAGCCUGCUCCUCACAUCCAUAGCAGGACCUGGAGACGCAGCUCUGGGAAGGAGAUGUCCACACACUCGGCACUGCUAAAGGCUGUAGCGAACUCUGCAGGAGCUGUGAAAGUCAGGAAUCAUCCUGACUUUCACAACAAGAAGCAAAGAAACCAAGACAUGGCGGAUGUAUUCACUCAGUCUCAGCGUUCUGACUUUACAGGCAACAACAUGGAGCUCCAGAGCAGAACUAAGCCAAGCAGCCACAUUGCUGUGGUGAAGCACACUCUACACACACACACACAUCUCAAAGGAAAUGUUUCCACAACAGACCACAAGUCUUCUGCAGCAGACACCAUAAAAAGUGUCCGGAAAGCUGCUGCUCACAGACACACACACCAGGUCACAGUCAGACAGAUGACUGACAGCCAGACCAGGGAGAGGCAAAACCAAAGUCACACAUCUUUGGAAAGAUACAGAAAAGCUUCAAAGCACUCUGGGAAACGUGGCAGUGUGGGUAAGGAGGAAAUGCCCUCUAGUGAUCUGAGAGAGGAUCGUCAUUUGUCACUGGAUGACAGAGAGGCUGUGUCGGACGUCGAAGCCACCGCUCAGCAGGGUGUUAGGGACUGGUGUCAGGGCCUCACAGAGCCGGACUUUUCAGAUGUUGACCAAAGGAAGAUCAGGAUAGGUGGAGACCUGCAGCAUCUGCACUGGCUCAGCAGGGACGACAUAGAGAAGAUGGAGCUCCUGGCUGGAGGGGAAGUUGUCAGUAAGAGCAGGGUGCCGGCUCAUGGACAAGUCCUCCAAGUGGCGCUAGAUCUGCCUGCACCUCACCAGAACAUCCCAGCGCUGAGGGAUUCACAGCAGCCUGGAGCCGGGCACAGCGGCCGCUGCCAGCGGGGGCUGUGCUCCCUGGUCAAACGCCCUGACGAUUGGUUUGAGGUGUUCGCUUUCCACCUGGACAGAGUCCUCGGACUCAACAGAAGUCUGCCAGCAGUUCUCAGAACUUUCCGCGAUCACAUUCUACCCUACAGAUUCACUGACGGUGAGCCAAGGCCGGCAGUUUGGUGGGACCCGGACAUUCAGCAUCUGGAUGAUAAAGACAGCGACCAGAACUCAGUGCCUCUCAGCUGGGUUCAGUACCAGAAGCUGCUGCGGGCCCAGUGUGGGAACCAAACAGGCCUGAGCUCAGAGCCGUGUGUUGGGGUUCUGCAUGCAGAGUGGGGAAGACUGGCUCUGUUUGACUUCUUACUACAGGUAAAUGACCGUCUGGACAGGAACUGCUGUGGGUUUACACCCGAUCCAGCAGAACUCUGCGUGGAGAACCGUCUGAACAUUAAGUGUGGCAACAGCAAGGAGUUGCAGCUGGUUCACAUCCUGGUGAGGAAGACGGAUCCUUCCAGACUCGUGUUCAUAGAUAAUGCUGGCAGACCAAAGCAAUCCAGCAGCAACCUCAACUUCAGGCUGCUUGAGGGCAUUGAUGAGUUUCCAGAGAAAGCUGUCUCCGUGCUCCGCUCUGGCUGUCUGGAACAUCUGCUGCUGCGCUCCCUCUACGUAGACAAGGAGUUCUGGGAAAGCCGUGGCGGGUACACGGCUCUCAGGCCUCUGGUCCGCCUGGUGGAGGAGAGGGGGCACUACAUCCUCCAGCACAUCAGAAACAAGAGGAUACAUCUCAGGAGGGACCUGUGACUCGGCUGGACCGAGCAAACUGGAACAGGAAGUUGAACUCCUGUCUAUGGAUAUGAAAGUAUUUCCUCAAUGUGACCAAAGGUUGAUGACUGUGGAGAAAAACAGACCAAAUUCAGUUUGGCUUUAAGUCAGUUUACUUAAAUAGCACCCAUAUAAACACAUCAUCUCAAAAAAGUCGACUAAAUUCAAUUAUGUGUUUCAAUUAAUCCUAAUUAUCAAACAGUGCAGUCCAAUUCAGAUUUAUUAUUCAAAUUAGUUUAAAAAGUUUUCCAUCUGAAGAAAUCAAGCAGAUUGCUUCAAGUCACUCACUGUGUUUCCAUCCGUCAGAAAAACCACAAUUUAGCAAUUAUGGUGUUUCCAUUAAAUAAAAAACUCAGUUACAUCAACAAAGUUUUGUGCACAUUUGGAAUGGAAACAGCUACUUACUUGCAGCAUUCAUUCCUCCUGGACAAGCACAUGGUGACAGUGGGCAGUCACUUGAGUUGUGUCAUCGACCUUACAGCAAUCCCUUACACUGAGGAUGCAUGUAGCAACUUUAGAGAGGAAAAUCUCUUAGUGUAAACGGCCGUCUACCACAGCUGACUGGGGCAAACGGCCUUGGGGUUUGAGAAGACAGAACAGAUACACUAAGAAAGAAACAGAUGAUCCAGGUGUAUUUUUUUUGUGUUAAAGAAAAGUAAAAAGGUAAUGGCAGCAGUAGCUCUUUUCUUCAUCAAGGAGAGGAAAACAUUUUACAGAUAAGCUCCUAAAGCCUUUAGAGGCUAUGUGACAAACGCUCCGACCUUUGUCCACGAGAGAAACAGGCUUUUACAACAAUAACAGAGUUUGUCAAAGCUGUAGCUCCUUUGGUUGCUUUUUGUAGAAGACAGACAAGGUCAACUUCUGAAAGACAGGGCCAAGAGCAUCAUCUAUAGGAAAAGGUGAAGUUAUUGGCAGCAGCUCAGCCGACGUGGCACAGAUAAGCACAUCAGACCAGAUGUAGCUUCAACAAAAAGAGAACAUAAAGUUGAAAAAACAAUAAAAAUAAACAAAGACCCAUUACAUCCUGUUCACAGACAUCACCAUUUCUGCAUGUAUUUAUCUAUUUAUUGUGUUGUGCUGGAGGCAGUCAGUGUCUGGCUUGGAUGCCUGUUUUUAUGAGAUAAGCUUUUAAUCAAAGGAUUAAAAAUGGCUGUCAGAAAAUUGCUUCUGGACCAAAUCCCAGCAGCUUUGGGAAGAAGAUGGACCCAAAUGUGAACAUUUUUUUACAUUUUCUUUUUUUUUCUUUUUUGUGUUAAAAUGCACAGCAGUCACAAAGCCAUAAUUGAAAAAUAAUAAAUAAAUAAGCGACUGGCUAAAAAUUGAGUUGCGUUCGAGAGUGAAUGAAGCAGAGGCAUUCUUUGUCAGAAUGACACUUUUCUAAACAUGAACUGUCACACUGCUUU